UAAUAAUAAUAAUAAUAAUAAUAAUAAUAAUAAUGUUAAAAAUGAGAUUAAUUUUUACUCGAACCUCAAAAAGAAAUAAAUAAAAAAAAUGUUGAAAAGUUAUUAGUGUUAAUUAGUUGUAAUAGAGAUAAAAAUGUUAACUAUGCUUUUAAAAUAUUGCAAUUAUAAUCAGUAUUGUAAAUAAAAUAGCAAUGCAUAAAAAAUAAGGAGCAAUGAAAUCAAUCUACAGAUUCAUUAUUAUAUUUAUUUCAAUUAUUGGAAUAAUAAUUAUUUUAAAUAUUUUAUCACAAUCAUCAAAUAAUAAUGAUAAAAAUAAUGAAGAUUCAGUUACUUCAAUGAUUUUAAAUCAUCGAGAUCCACAUGAUCGAGCACGUCUUAAAAAAGAAUCUAUGAAAAUAAUCAAUCAAGAAGUUACAAUUUGUGUUGUUGUUUGCGGCGAUAGAUUAGAUGAAUCACUUACAAUGUUUAAAUCUGCGUUAGUAUUUUCAAAAAGGCCAUUGAAAUUAAUUGUUAUAGCUGAAGAUGAUUUAAUUGUUGCAUUUGAUGAGAAAUUAAGUGAAUGGAAAUAUUUAACAAAUAAUUCAUUCACAUUUGUAUUAAGACCUAUACAAUUUCCAAAUAAUAGUGAUGUCUCAAUGUGGAAAAAAUUAUUUAAACCUUGUGCUGCACAAAGACUUUUUUUACCGGCUUUAUUAAAUGAUACUGAUGCAAUACUGUACGUUGAUACGGAUACAUUGUUUUUAGCACCACCAGAAUUAGUUUGGGAUGAAUUUAAAAAAAUGAACUCAACACAAUUAGCUGCUCUAAGUCCUGAACAUGAAGAUCCUAAUACAGGAUGGUACAAUAGAUUUGCUAAACAUCCUUAUUAUGGAAAACUUGGUGUUAAUUCAGGUGUUAUGCUGAUGAAUUUAACACGAAUGCGCGAAUUCAGAUGGACAGAUUAUGUGAUACCUAUUCAUAAAGAGUAUAGAUUAAAAAUAACAUGGGGUGAUCAGGAUAUUAUUAAUAUUAUAUUUCAUUAUCAUCCAGAAAGAUUGUACAUUUAUCCUUGCCGUUAUAACUAUAGACCAGAUCAUUGUAUGUAUAUGUCUGUAUGUACUAAUGCAGAAACAGAAGGUGCAUUAGUUAUUCAUGGAUCGAGAGGUACGUUUCAUUCACAAAAACAACCUCCUUUUCGGGCUGUCUUCCGAGCAAUGCAACAGUACCAAUUUGGUACUGAUAAAUAUGAAAAUUUAUUUUUACCAAUGCAAACUUAUUUAAUGAUGGACGAUAAUUCUCAUUGUGGUAAAGUCUGGAAGGUUUUUAUAAUACAACCUGAAAUUUAUAUAGGCAAUAAUUAUAUUAACUAAUUUAUUGAUGCUCAAAUACGAUGAGUUUUAUAUAAAAAAAAAUUUUUUAAAUGCAAUUCAUUAGUAAAUAAAGGUUUUUUAUACACAAUUUAUUUAUGAUUGCUACAUUGUUUUAGGUAGCUAUAUUUUUAAUUGUAAUUUAUUAUAUUAUACAAACAAAUUAUGACAAUUUAUAUACAGUAAAAUAUUAAUAAUAAUAAUAAUAAUAAAUCGGUUAAAAUGUUAAUAGUACAGCGGAUACUCUAAAUAAUUUUUUAU